AUGGCUGAUUUCCCAGUCCGCGAGGUCGUCAAUUUGCCAACGCUUGGUAAACGGAAAAGUCGGGGAGACGAAGAUGUUCGGCGGCGACUGGGAGGUCCCAUCCAUCAAGAACGCCAUGUGAAGGUGAUAUGUGUUGGAGCUGGGGCAUCGGGAUUGAUGUUUGCAUACAAGAUACAGCGGCACUUUCAGAAUAUCCACUUGGUCAUCUACGAGAAGAACAAGGAAAUCAGUGGUACUUGGGCAGAGAACAGAUAUCCCGGCUGCGCGUGCGAUGUUCCAGCACACUGUUACUGCUGGUCUUUCGAACCGAAGCUCGACUGGUCGGCGGUCUACGCAGGAUCUGGAGAGAUAUACAACUACUUCAACAAUUUUGCACAAAAAUACCGUCUAGAUCAAUACAUUCAGACGAACCAUCAAGUCACCAGGGCAUUUUGGAACGAGGAGACAGCUGGCUGGGAUGUUAAUGUCAAAGACCUGUCGAUCAACACCGAGACCAAUGAUCACUGCGACAUCUUCGUCAACGCAACUGGCAUCCUGAACAACUGGCGAUGGCCGGCAAUACCAAGCCUUCAUGACUUCAAGGGUACUCUCUUACACACGGCUAACUGGGACGAGAACGUCGACCUCACAGGAAAACAUGUUGGACUCAUCGGGAACGGCUCUUCAGGAAUCCAAGUCCUUCCCACAGUCCAGCCGCACGCCUCACAUGUCACCACUUUCAUUCGCGAACCAACAUACGUAUCGCCAGUACAAGGCCUCGAACAGCACGUCUAUACAGACGAGGAAAAGAAAGACUUCGCCACGAAGCCAGACGUCCUAACCGACUACCGGAAAAGGAUCGAGACGGGACUCAACGGCCAAUUCGGCAUCUUCCUCAAGAACACCUCCAUGAACAACGACACACACGACUACAUGGUGCAGCAAAUGAAAGAGAAAAUCCGCGAGGAACAUCUAAUCGACAAAUUGAUCCCCGAAUGGAGUUUCGGCUGCCGCAGAAUGACCCCCGGAGUAGGCUACCUCGAAUCGCUAACAAAACCCAACGUCUCCGUCGUCUACGGCGAAAUCGAACGCAUCACCCCAAGAGGCUGCAUCUGCGACGACGGCAAAGAAUACCCGAUUGACAUCCUCAUCUGCGCAACAGGCUUCGACACGACCUUCAAACCACGCUUUCCCCUAAUCAACCCAGCGGGAAAGAACCUGCAAGACGAAUGGGCGUCCGAACCAAAAUCCUAUCUGGGAAUCGCAGCCGCCGACUACCCAAACUACAUGAUCUUCCUCGGCCCCAACUGUCCCAUCGGCAACGGCCCCGUGCUGAGCGCCAUCGAGCUGCAGGCGGACUACAUGUGCCAACUCAUCGACCACUACCAGACACACAACAUCAAAUCCUUCACGCCCAAGAAAGCCGCCGUGGAGGACUUCAUCGCGCACAAGAAUGACUUCAUGAAGGGAACCGUCUGGGCGGACCCCUGCCGUUCAUGGUACAAGUCCGGGCAGAUCGACGCACCCAUCACGGCUUUGUGGCCGGGCAGUACGUUGCACUAUAUCGAGGCGUUGGGGAAUGUGCGGUUUGAGGAUUACGAGGUGGAGUAUAAUGGGAAUCGGUUCGCGUGGUUGGGAAAUGGGUAUAGCCAGACGGAGUUGGAUGAGACGGCGGAUUGGGCGUAUUAUAUUCGGGAGAGGGACGAUGGGGAGUGGUUGAGUCGGAGGAAGAGGAGACAGGUGUUGACGAAGAGUGGGACGGUGGAGAGGAGGGAGGGGGUAAGUUUCUCGGGGAGGGAGGAGAGUAAGCUGUAA